UGAAAAAAAUGCAAUUUAAAUAAAAUAUCUCCAACAAUAAUGCAGUUAAAACGCGCGAUGUCGCUGCAGACCACGAAUUUGAAGCACUUCUUUUAUUAAAAUGAGGCUCCUCCUUACCACGGAAGAGCAACCAGUAUAUACUGUAGUCAUGUGUAAAUGUUAAGGUAUAAUAAAGGCUUCAGAGGCUAAGGUCCUGGCAGCAGUGAGACACAAAAAUUGCGUUUUUUAAACGGAUUAAUCUUUGAGGCUUUGAAGAAACAAUUAUGGAAAGCUUAAGAUAUUUGUGCGUCAUAACAGCUCUGCAUUGUUGUUUAUGGGGAUCUUCAUGCGGCAAGAUUAUCUAUUCGGUCUCGGAGGAAGUAAAUAAGGGAACUGUUGUCGGAAAUAUAGCAAAGGAUCUCAAGAUCAGUGUUAAGGAGCUGGAAUCUCGUAUCUUGCAGCUUGUGACUGGUUCCAACAGGAAAUAUUUUGAUGUGAAUUUGAAAACGGGAGCGUUGUUUGUGAAUGAAAGAAUUGACCGGGAGGAGUUAUGCUUCGCUCAUCAACAGUGUGCUCUUAAUUUGGAGGCUGUUAUUCAAAAUCCUCAUAGCCUUUAUAGAAUUGAAAUUAAUGUUCUGGAUGUUAAUGAUAAUGCUCCAUAUUUUGUGGACAACGUUAUAACGAUAAACAUUACCGAGGAUGUUGUUUCGGGAGCUAGAUUUCAUAUUCCUGUAGCUGAAGAUGACGACAUUGGCAUUAAUACACUAAAAGACUACAAACUAAGCAAGAAUGAACACUUUUCUAUUGACGUACAAACUGAAGAGCAGAGUGUGUCUGCUGAAUUAGUGCUCCAAAAACCUUUAGAUCGUGAAAAACAAUCAGUAAUUCCUCUUGUACUGACAGCUGUUGAUGGAGGAAAGCCAGCAAAAACAGGAACAUUAAGUGUAAUAGUGAAUGUACUGGAUAUAAAUGACAACUGGCCUGUCUUCAGCAAACCUUUGUACAAGAUCAAGGUGAGAGAAAAUGUUUCUGUUGGUACCAAAGUCAUCUCUUUGACUGCUACUGAUUUGGAUGAGGGCACCAACAGUGACAUUAUUUACUCCAUAGCUGAACAUGGAAACAUAAAAAAGCAAAAUCUAUUCACUGUGGUUCCUGAAACCGGAGAUAUUGUUGUGAAGGGUCAAAUAGACCAUGAUAUAAAUGCUGCAAUUGAAUUACGAGUUCAGGCAAGAGAUAAAGGCAGUCCACCAAAGAGCACACAAUGUAAAAUUUUAAUAGAAGUUAUGGAUGAAAAUGAUAAUGCACCAGAGAUUAUUGUGACUCCUCUGGUGGAAAGUGUGAAAGAAGACACAAAGUCAGGAACUGCAGUUGCUUUAGUCGCAGUGUCUGAUAAAGAUGGAGUAAACUCUUUGAGUGGCGAAAUAUUCAGUUUGCAAUCAUGUAAUCACGAAGAAACGAAAAGAUUUCAAUUUCAGGUUAUGGCAACAGAUUCCGGUGUUCCUCCUCUGAGCAGUAAUGCCACUGUAAAUGUGUUUAUUCUGGAUGAGAAUGACAACAGUCCGGUUAUUUUAAUGCCUUAUUCUGAACCUGGAUCAGUUAAUAGUGAGAACAUUCCCUACUCUGCUGAAGCGGGAUACUUUGUAGCCAAGAUCAGAGCUGUUGAUGCUGACUCUGGAUAUAACGCACUUCUGUCUUAUCAUCUAACUGAACCCAAAGGAACGAAUCUCUUCCGCAUUGGAAGCAGCACUGGAGAAAUAAAGACAAAGAGACGAAUGAGUGACAAUGACUUAAAAACUCACCCACUUCUUAUCACAGUGUCUGAUAAUGGAGAGCCAUCACUCUCAGCGACUAUGUCCAUGGAUGUUGUGGUUGUUGAGAGUCUGGAUGACAUAAAGACAUCAUUCAGAGAAGUUCCUGUUAAAGAGGAGAGUUUUUCAGAUCUGAAUCUGUAUCUGCUCAUCGCUAUUGUCUCAGUAUCUGUCAUCUUUUUACUGAGUCUCGUGGUUUUGAUAGCAGCCAAAUGCUACAGGACAGACGGCAGUUUCAGCAGGUACAGAGCUCCAGUGAUCAGCACACAUCCAGACGGAAGCUGGUCCUUUUCUAAAUCCACACAACAGUACGACGUGUGUUUCAGUUCAGACACAAUAAAGAGUGAUGUAGUCGUGUUUCCUUCGACCUUUCCACUGCCAGAUGCAGAACUAAUCAGCAUUAAUGAAGGAGACACUUUUAACAGGACUCAAACACUUCCAAGCACUACCAAGGUAAGAUAAAACCUAAAUUUCACAGUUUGAAAACAUCAGCAUACUGAACUUUUUGUAGCUUGGUAACUUUUUACUACUGUGUCAAGUAAAUGUGUGAUUUUAGUACAAGGGGCAUUUCAGCUUCACAUCUUCAGGGCUAUGCGGCCUCAUAUUUUUCAGUUGUAUUGACAAUGGUGCGUGUUCAAAUGUAUGUGUACACAUACAGAUUGUUUUAAACUUUACUCCAGUGUUACAUAAUUGUUCUGUUGGCUUUUAAAUGUGAUAAC